AUUAUGAACUUAGUUGUAUUUUAAAUUUUGUUAAAAAUAAUCAAGCGGACAAUGUACAGGAAGUUUUUUUUGUAAAUUACAGUUUAAAAGUAUCACAAGAUGAACUUCUAAUAGAGGCACAAAAACUGUGAACGUAGACAGUUGCUUACAAAAUAUUGAAAAAAAAAAUUAAAAAUUUAAAAAUUUGCCAAUAUUGUAACUUUGGUUUUUUAUUACUUUCGGUAACAAAACAUGCCCAAACAGAAAAUUAAAUUUUUCGUAGAAGUCAAAAAUGAAAUAGAAAAUAAAAAAAUUCCUUUAUUUUAAAAUUUGUGUACUUCUGUUUAAAAAUUAUUAAUUAUUUUUCAUUUGAGAAAAUUCAAAAAAAUUUGCUACGAAACCAUCUAUUGCUAUGAUCGAACUAUGCAUUAUGCGGAUCUUUUUUGCAACACAUAAAAAUUAAAUCAAAAUACAAAAUGUAUUGGAUUUUAAAAAGAACAGGUGCAGCGAACUUUUUUAAUUCGUUAAAUAACAGUAACAAUACAUCAAAAAUCACUGGAAACAAUAAGGAUUAUGGCUACAAAAAUAAAGAUAAAAGCAUUAAACGUACUGAACGAAAAUAUUAUGAUCGAUUAAGUAUCGACUCAGAUGACAUAAUAUUUUCACAAACAAAUAUAAAAACAUCAGAACACGAAAACGGUUUUCAUGAUUCAAAUAUAAAAAAAUCUAAAACAUUUCAAGAUACAAAUAAUAUGUUUGAGGAUGACAAAGAAUUAACAUUAGAUUUUUCUUGGAAUAAAAAACUAAAUUUGAGUACCAACAAUAAACAAAAGGAAAAACAAAAUCAACAAGAUAUUCAAACAAAACUAUUAGAUAAUAAACAAGAUGAAUUACAGUUUAUAUUGGAUAAGAAUGCGAAUUACAUUAAUCAAAUAGAACCAAUUACUACAAUGUUAGAGGAUGAAGAUUUUGACGAAGCAUUAAUUUGUAAUGUUUGUGACAGUGAAUUUGAUUCUCCAAAUCGGUUGGCGCAACAUCAACAGAAGAAGAGACACUUUGGGUGUAAUGAAUGUGACAGCUUAUUUACCUCUUUGAUGCUAUUAGAGCUUCAUAAGGAUAAUUUUGAGCACUGGAGUACUUAUGAUACAAAUCGUACACCUUGUUGUCGUAGAAAUCGAAUAGAUGAUUUUGGUGAUACAGAUUCAUUUAUAAGUGAGACAGCCAGUGAGGAUUUGGAACGUUUAUUAUAAAUUUACAUAAUAUAUGUAUGCUUAUAAUAUAUAAUAUGAAAAAAGAAUAUAUUGUAUCAUUAAAUUUUAUAUUUGAAUAAUGUUAAUAAUUUGUUAAAUAAUGUAAAUUUAGUUUGUAAAAGAUGUAAAUGUAGUUGA